AUGCGGGUCUCAGAGUCAGAUGAAGCUGAGCUCCGGCACGGCAAGGCCGUCGAGGCGAAACCACCAAGCCCAGCUAUCGAACAACAAAGCAUAACAGUCACGAGAACUCUCGAAGUCAAGCCGGCGACCCCUCUGUCGUCUAAAUCCGACAACGGGCCCCCAGCAGGGCCUCGAUCAUAUGUCCAAGGUGCCGUCGCUCAUGGCUAUCACCCGCUUGCGACCAGUAGCGUCAGCCAACUACUCCUACCGACGAUUCCUACAUUGUCGUCCAUCGAUCUGAAUGAACCCGUCCGACUGACGACUCCUCGCCCACCACCUCGACCAAAGACCGCCCCUAGUCCUUCGUCUGUCGCCGAGCAGCCUCGGCCUCCACCCAAGCUCCCACCUUUCAUGCAAUCUCGCCGGUGGGCAGCCAUGUGUGAGACAGCACGCCCUCAGACGUCUGCCCAUGAUCGCGCCGUCUCCGAAGAGACCCGAACCAUGACACUACGCGAAGUGUCCUUCGAACAACAGCGCGCGGCCCCGAAACGCCACUUGCCAGUCGAUACACCUCAAAGUGUGAAUGAGAACGAGUCUGUCGCUUCAACAGAAGGUCUGUGUCGGCCUAUCUCGCUGCCAACAUGGCAGCUGGUGCGUAUGGCAAGAGGUACGCGGGGGAGCAGCCAGUCAACUAAUAGUGUCUUCCGCAAGCUCACUAUGCACCGCAGUGGCGCGUCGCCAAAGCAUUCCAAACGUCAGAGCGUGGAGAAGCCAUUGCCUCGUCUGUCACGAUCGUCUCAAAUGGGCCGCAAAAGAGCUGUCUCCGACUUGAGGAGAAGGGCAGGCACGGGCCACAAACGCAACGUUUCGAGCCCUGUCGUGAACCUGGACGGAGCUUUCCCUGGACCCUUGAAGACUGGCAGGCGAUCAUCAUCACCUGUGCCGUCACUCCACGAUCCGGAAAAGGCCAAAAGGUUCAGCGAGGAAUGCGAAGCUUUGUUGACAAACAAGGAUUUCGAAAAGGACUUUUUGUCACCACCGGCAGCUUCUAUAGGAAAUGCCACCUCGGCCUCACGCGAAGCUGCCGUCGCUCAAAAUACGUCGAAACAGACAAAAGAAGAUGUUGUUGGGGAGGCGAAACCCGCCCAAUGUUCGCCUUCAAGCAGUCUGCUAGCAGCUCCGCACCCUCCUGUACGGACCUCAAGCAAAGGAGAUGCGAGACUCGCUACCAUGGUCCAUAUGACCAAAAUACUAGGCACACCGGCCGUGACAAGCUCGACAGGCGAUGCGCUUGUCGUUUCCGACGUCUCAAGCAAUCAGUCAGCAGGUCAAAGAGCGAUAACUCAGUCCCAGCAUAGCCAAAUACCUUGCCGCAUGGCUUCUGCGGAAUCCACCGAUACCAAAAAGACCAACAGGGCCAGAGCUGCGAAGAGCACCGAUACCCUCGCGUUGAUCGAGGCUCAAAUUCGCGACCCUGUCAACUUCUCACGCGAUGGCCAAAUGGAUCAGAAAUUCGAAGCUGGGUUGCCCCAUCAUAAAAAACUUGGCCCAGCAGGUACGCCACCGGAAAGGCCACUGCCAGACUUGCCUACGACCAGACCCACCUCCCCCUCUAGCCUUCCAGUGAGAGCGUCCUCAGUACUAUCGAUAGGUAGCACCCGGCGGUCAUUGCUCUCACCCUUGUCUGAACCUGAGCGCAAUCGAUCGACAACCGCCGUCGAUGUCGGCUCCUGUCAGGGCUCAAUCCCCAUCUUGCCGAAAGGCCUUGCGAUUAAGCAUCUCGAUGAGGAUAGAGUGGGAGACCCAGCACCAACCAGUCCGAGCUCGAUCUACAGCCAAACUUCGCAAGUGUCUGGACAGUCCACAAAACAUAAAUUCGUCAGACACGACAAGAGCGUCUUCCGAGCUGCACGCAUAACAGAGGUUAGGCGACGUAUCCAAGCUGACAGGGAUCGAGAACAGCGUAUCAGCGAGGAGAGCGAACGCCCGGGGCGAGAAGAACACAAUCCUGUAAACAUCGGAUUGGAUCCUCCACUACCAUUUCCGUCUGCGCUCAAAGAGCAAUCGUCGCUCGACCAACUCGAUCAGUUCCCUCCUGUCCCAGCCUCCCGGCCAGCCAGUCGUACAUCCCAUAACAGUGCAACGAUUCACCGACCUCAUAGUCGCACACGUAGUCACGUCCGUCAAUCUUCCAAAGCAUCGUCCCGCUACAGCUAUCGUCACGCCAUACCUCGUGGACAGGGCGGGCAGAUUCUUGCAACUAGCCAGAUUAAGGUUCUCGUCGACACUGACCCUGUCACUGGUAACUUUCGUGCUGGUGCCAUGACCCCAGAACCAAGUCCGAUUCGUGAGGCACACAGCCCUGAACACACUCCAAUCAAGCCGUCGACUCUGCGCACGAUACGUCCUGCUAAGCUUCCUAGCCGCAUUGAUGAGAACGAGCAGGUGAACGAUGUGUCGCCUCGGAAGAAAACAAGUACGCGAAGUCUUCGCUCGCAUACAAGUGCCGUCUCCGGACGGCACUCGAUGACUGGUAGUCGUCAAUCAGCACGGCGUCCAUCCUCCGAUGUCAGUCACUUGGAAUCAAGCGAUGAUGAAGAUGUGAUGCCCUUCAGUGUUGGCAAGAACGGUAAAAGGAAGCUCCGACGCCGGUGGAACAGCAACGACAUCCGCACAGUGCAGAUGAUGUACAACGAUUUCGAAGAUAUCUACGAAUCGCUUAUGCAAAAAGAACGAGAGGUACAACAGCAAAGGGAUGAGAUUCAGAGGAUGAUCCGCGUCUUUGCGGCGUCAUCACGUGGGCAUGGCUUACGAGGCGUGAUGUUCCCUGCUGAAAGACUCGACUUCGCUGACCAGAACGUCACGCUUCUCGACGACACUCGGAGCCUCCAUACACCCAACAUUGCACGCAAUGUUACGAGAGGUGGGCAAGCACCCAGCGUAAUGUCUAACACCAGCGCUGUCCGCCUUGCUAGCCCAGCACGUAAGGGGAAGCAUGUUAACAAGUCUCUUAGCGAGGCACGUCUUGAUGCUGCGAGUGAUGCGCUGGAUACUGUCAUCAAGGCUCGUCCAGUCAGCAACAUAUCGUCAGCGUCGGCAACGACUGACCUCAGCCGCGGCAGCGGCAGCAGCAAAGAAAACAGCGCGGCGGAAGGCAGCAUGACGGAUCCGUACGAAUACGAUGUGGGGCCUGCGAAGGCCCUUGAAGCAGCCACUCUUAUGAAGGAUCAUGGGCCAGGCAUCCGCGAGAAGGGAGGCAGCGAGACACCUGAUUACACUGGCCGACCUCAGAGUAGAGGCACGGCAAAGGUCAGCCUCGCUAAGUCCAGAGAUGCUGUCCCGCUACACCAUCCACCGCCUGUAGCGGUCAAUAUUCCAAGAGGUGCGUUGAGUGAGGAAGAAGAAGAAGAAGACGAUAGCCAAGGAAGAUUCUCAAACACGACCGUUGCGAAACGGUCGGCUGCCAUGGAAUCUGCGCUUGCAGUGCCCAGGUCGGCGUCUGCUGCAUCGGGGGACUCUUCGCCAGAGGAAAAGAGACUCAGUGUGAAUCACGUGCUGACACGGACGGAGGAGAUGGAUCGUAUGCUGAAUGCCAUUAGUUUGCUGGGGUAG